AUGUCGGGCGGCGGCGGUGGUAAGAAGGGAGGGAGGGAUCUCUCAGAGUUCAACUAUGGAGCGAUGAGUAGAUUGGUGGUGAAUCAGGAUCGAUCUGUAUUACGAACGGAUGAACCUACAGGAGCACCCGAGUCCCUUGUCGGCAGAAUCAAUGUCCGUGAUAUGGGUUCCCGAGUAAGGAGGGAACCACCCAAGGAGCUGGACAAGAAAAAGUCCAAGGGAAAGAUCACUUCUGCCGAUGAAGUCGAACGAUCGAUACGGAGAGCUCAAGAGAAGUCGACAGCUCGAUUCGGCGCUGCAGAUGUACUGGAAAGUGUGGCCCAGAUGGAAGGACUGAGGUAUAGGCCGCGGACCACCGAAACGAGAGAGGUGUACGAGCUACUCUUAGGGCUGGUUCACCAGAUCCUUGGGGAUCAGACACAGGAAGUCGUACGGAGUGCAGCGGACACUGUUCUGGAGAGUCUGAAAAGUGAGGAUCUGAAAGAGUUUGACAAGCGGAAAGAGGUGGAAAGUGUGCUUGGAAAUCUGCCAGAAGAGACUUGGAAUCAACUCGUCAACUUGGGCAAAAAGGUGACGGACUAUGGCGAGGAGGAGGAUCACCCUGUCGGCGAAGGAGAAGAACGAGCCGUGGACGGAGAAGGCGUCGCCGUUCUGUUCGAGGACGAGGAGGAUGACGAGGAUGACGAGCAGGAAUUUGAGGUCAAAGGCCGAGAUUCAGAGGAGGAGAGCGACGAAGAAGAUGACGAGGACGAGGACGAAGAGUCAGAAGCUGGUUCUGCACCUGCCGAGGAUGCUGAUGAAGCAUUGGUCCUCGGUCGCGAGACGAAACGGAAGAAGACCGAUUCGGAUCGUGUCUCCCCUCAUGACAUAGACGCUUUCUGGCUUCAACGUCUCAUCUCAGCUUCUUAUCCCGAUCCCGUCCAGUCUGCCGACUUCACCACCCAAGCUUUGGAAUACCUAGGAUCGGAAGCUGAACUGCGUGAUCUUGAAAAUUCUUUGGCCGAAAUGUUUGGAUACGAAAACUUUGAUCUCGUCGCGACUUUGACCAAGAACAGAGAAGUCAUCGUCUGGUGUACCAAACUGGCCCGAAGCAAUGAUGACGAAAAGCAAGACGUCGAAGUUGCGAUGCGAGAAAAGGGUGUCGGUUGGAUCCUGCGAGAAUUGCGUGGAAACAGAAAACGUGCCGAACAGGAAACUUCUGAACCGACCGUCCCGACCAAGGCCAAUUUGGCUCCUGGUUCCGUCGCUCAACCCCGUCGCGUCAUCGAUAUCGACUCUCUUACCUUCUCCGAAGGAGGUCACCUCAUGUCGAGGAAAAAGGUCAAAUUGCCGGAAGGUUCAUUCAAGCGCCAGGCGAAAGGAUAUGAGGAGAUUCAUGUACCUGAGCCGAAGCGUCGAGAAGCCGGACCGAAAGAUUGGAUGCCGCUCAGUAAAAUGCCGGAUUGGACCCAGCCUGUCUGGGCUAGCGUUCGAGCGACUCAGCUCAAUCCGAUCCAGAGCAAAGUCUACCCAAUCGCAUUCGAGACCAGUGAACCCAUGUUGAUUUGUGCGCCUACCGGAGCUGGAAAGACAAAUUGUGCUGCUCUUGCUAUGCUCAGAACGAUCGGACAGUUCAGAGAUCCAGAUACUGGCUACAUCGACCGCGAUUCGUUCAAGAUCAUCUACGUCUCGCCGAUGAAAGCUUUGGUUCAGGAACAAGUGGCAGCAUUCAGCAAACGAUUCAAAGACUUGGGGAUCAACGUCGCCGAGUUGACCGGUGAUAGUCAAUUGACCAAGCAACAGAUCGCCGAAACGCAGAUAAUCGUCACGACGCCGGAAAAGUGGGAUGUCAUUACGAGAAAGUCGACCGAUACGAGCUACACCAACUUGGUGAGAUUGAUGAUCGUCGAUGAGAUUCAUUUGCUUCACGAUGAUCGUGGACCGGUCUUGGAAUCGAUCAUAUCCCGUGCCAUUCGACGGAUGGACCAGACUCACGACGAGAUUCGAAUAGUGGGAUUAUCCGCCACGUUGCCAAACUACAAGGAUGUCGCUGCUUUCCUUCGAGUAGACGUUAAAAAGGGUCUGUUCUUCUUCGAUGCCACAUACAGACCAGUUGGACUGAAGCAGCAAUUCAUCGGAGUCACGGAGAAGAAAGCCAUCAAGCGAUUACAGACGAUCAACGAGGUCUGUUACGAAAAGGUCCUCAAUCAAGCGGGCAAGUCGCAGACGAUCGUCUUUGUGCAUUCGCGAAAAGAGACCGCAAAGACUGCCAAGUUUUUGCGUGACAUGGCGAUGGAGAAAGAGACCCUGACGCAAUUCAUCAAUCCCGAAGGAGCAUCCCGAGAGGUCCUACUUCACGAGGCAAACGAAUCGAAAGAUUUCAAUCUCAAGGAUAUCUUGCCGUUUGGGUUCGGUAUUCAUCACGCCGGAAUGUCCAAAGAAGACCGUGCCACUGUCGAAGAACUCUUCUUAGACGGACACAUCCAAGUCCUGUGCUCCACCGCUACGCUCGCUUGGGGUGUCAAUCUGCCCGCUCAUACGGUCAUCAUCAAAGGCACUCAGGUGUAUAACCCUGAAAAGGGCAAAUGGUCAGAAUUGUCCCCUCAGGACGUCUUGCAGAUGCUUGGUCGAGCUGGUCGACCUCAGUUUGACACCUACGGUGAAGGUAUCAUCAUCACCAACCAUGGUGAACUUCAAUAUUACACCAGUUUGAUGAAUCAGCAAUUGCCGAUAGAAAGUCAAUUCGUCUCGAAGAUGGUCGACAAUCUCAAUGCAGAGAUCGUCCUUGGCACUGUGAGAAACAGAGACGAAGGAGUGGCAUGGCUGGGGUACACAUAUUUAUACGUCCGAAUGGUCGGUUCUCCGGGAUUGUACAAUGUCGGCGCAGACUACAUGGAGGGUGACCCAACAUUGGUGCAAAAACGAGCCGACUUGAUCCACUCUGCUGCUGUACUCCUCGAGAAAGGUGGCUUGAUCCGUUAUGAUCGUACGACCGGAGUCUUCCAGAGCACAGAUCUCGGUCGAAUCGCUUCUCACUACUACGUCGCUUAUUCCUCCAUGGCGGUCUACAAUAAGCAUCUCAAGCCAAAUCUCAACAUGAUCGAUCUUUUCCGAGUGUUCGCCUUGUCAAAUGAAUUCAAGCUCAUUCCAGUGCGACAAGAGGAGAAGCUCGAACUGGCCAAGCUGCUCGAGCGAGUACCUAUUCCCGUCAAAGAGGGUGUCGAUGAGCCCGUGGCGAAGAUCAAUGUCCUUCUUCAAGCGUACAUCUCGCAGCUCAAACUGAGCGGAUUUGACAUUGUCACGGACAUGGUCUUCAUCCAGCAAUCCGCUGGACGUAUCCUUCGAGCCAUGUUUGAGAUUUGCCUAAAGAAGGGAUGGGCCGCACCGAUGCGAGCCGCUCUUGAUCUGUGCAAAAUGGUCGAGAGACGGAUGUGGAAAACUAUGACACCGCUCAGGCAGUUCCCCCGAAUCAGGAGCGAGAUCGUGACCAAGGCCGAGAGGAAAGAUUUCCCCUGGUAUCGAUACUUUGAUCUGGACGCGGCCGAACUCGGAGAGUUGAUUGGGUUACCAAAGUCUGGUCAAUUGAUCGAGAGUCUGGUUCACAAAUUCCCGCGACUGGAUAUUCAAGCGCACGUCUUGCCACUGACGCGAUCCCUGCUCAAGAUCAACGUGACCGUCACGCCUGAUUUCGUUUGGGAUUACGAGAUACACGGUGCAAGUCAGGCUUUCUGGAUCAUUGUAGAGGACGUCGAUGGCGAGCGUAUCUUGUACCACGACCAGUUCAUCCUUCGACAACGCUUCGCCCAGGACGAGCAUUACAUCACCAUCACAGUGCCGAUCUCUGAUCCCGUUCCCCCAAAUUAUUACAUCUCCAUCAUCUCGGACCGAUGGCUUCAAGCUGAGAGCCGUCUUCCCGUCUCCUUCCAACACCUCAUCCGUCCUGAACCUUUCCCGCCUCACACUCCGCUCUUGGACCUUCAGCUCCAGCCCGUCACUGCCCUUCACAACAAGGCCUUUGAGAAUUUAUAUCCGUUUGAAUCGUUCAACAAGAUUCAAACACAGGUCUUCCAAGCCCUUUACACGACCGAUGAAAGCGUGUUUGUCGGUGCACCCACGGGAUCAGGCAAGACUGUCUGCGCCGAGCUGGCCUUGUUGAGGUUAUGGUCAAAGAAGGAUCCACCGAGGGCAGUCUGCAUCGAGCCUUACCAAGAGAUGGUGGAUGCUCGAGUCUCAGAAUGGAGCGAAAAGUUUACGAACCUCAACAAGGAAGUCGUAGCCCUCACGGGUGAAUCCACUGCGGAUCUAGCGUUGCUGCGUAAAGCCGACAUCGUUGUGUGCACACCGGCCCAGUGGGAUCUGUUGUCCAGACGAUGGAAGACUCGAAAAGACGUUCAGACUAUCGGAUUGCUCAUCGCCGACGAACUGCAGUUGAUUGGAGGUGAUGUUGGAUCUACUUACGAAGUCAUUGUCUCUCGAACACGUUAUGUCUCUCAGCAGACUGGUGAACCGACUCGAAUCGUCGCCUGUAGUGUCUCGUUAUCCAACGCUCGAGAUCUUGGAGAUUGGAUCGGCGCAUCUUCUCAGACCAUUUUCAACUUUUCCCCAUCCACACGUCCUCUUCCCCUCGAAGUUCACUUGCAAAGCUUCAACGUUCCUCAUUUCCCAUCACUCAUGCUUCAGAUGGCCAAACCCGCGUAUCUCGCCAUGACAGAGCAUGCGGCUGGUCGGCCAACGAUCUGCUUUGUGGCUUCGAGAAAACAGUGUAAACUGACCGCCAAUGAUAUCCUCUCCUACUGCCUGGCGGACGAGGACGAAGGCCGAUUCCUCAAUGUUGAGCCGGACGAGCUGGCACCGCAUUUGGAGAAGCUCCAAGAUCAAGAUCUCGCCGAGACGCUCAAGUAUGGUAUUGGGUACUACCAUGAGGCCUUGAGUAAGCUCGACAAGAGGAUCGUGACCGCCUUGUUUGAAGAAGGAGCUAUCAAGGUCCUCGUGGCUUCAAAAGACACUGCUUGGAGCCUACCCGUCACCUCGUACAUGGUCGUCAUUAUGGGCGUCCAGUCCUUCGACGGUCAGGAGCACCGUUAUGUCGACUACGCGAUCGCGGAUAUCCUUCAAAUGAUGGGUCGAGCUUGUCGACCGUCCAUCGACACUUCUAGUCGCUGUGUCCUCAUGUGUCAACAGACCCGAAAGGACUUUUUCAAAAAGUUCUUGAACGAGGCUUUGCCAGUCGAGUCAAGUCUGCCAAACUACCUGCAUGAUCAUUUCAACGCGGAGAUUGUGGCAAAGACGAUUGAGAACAAGCAAGAAGCGGUCGACUGGUGUACCUGGACAUGGUUCUAUCGAAGGUUGAUGCAGAACCCAGGGUUCUAUAAUCUUCAGGGAACGACACCGACGCAUGUGGCCGAUUAUCUUUCUGAAUCGGUUGAGACUACUCUGAAUGACCUGGCGGCGUCAGAGUGUAUCAUUAUCCAGGAUGAAAUGGACACGUUACCCAACAACUUGGGUAUGAUCGCUUCGUUCUACUACAUCUCGUACAUUACCGUCGAGACAUUUUCAGCUUCGAUCAAGGAAACGACCAAGCUCAAGGGAUUGUUGGAGAUCGUUUCCUCGGCUCACGAGUUUGAGACGGUUCCGAUACGACAUCACGAGGACACGCUACUGGAGCGAAUCUAUGGUCGCGUUCCCGUCAAACUCGCCAAAGUGGAUUACAAUUCGCCAUACUUCAAGACUUUCCUCCUACUCCAAGCUCAUUUCAGUCGAAUGACCCUUCCGCCCGAUCUUGCCAUUGAUCAAGCAGCUAUCCUGGGAAAAGUUACUGGUCUGUUGUCGGCUUGUGUAGAUGUCAUGUCGAGCAAGUCGUAUCUUGGCUGCUUGGGUGCCAUGGACCUGAGUCAGAUGUGUGUCCAGGCCAUUUGGGACAGAGACUCGCCAUUGCGUCAAGUGCCCUACUUUGACGACGAGGUACUGCAGCGAUUCAAGGCAAAAGGUCUGGACUCGGUAUAUGACAUUAUGGAGCUGGAGGAUGAUGAGAGGAACGAUCUGUUGAGAAUGAACGAUAGGCAAUUGGCACGAGUCGCCAAAUUUGUCAAUUCUUACCCCAAUGUCGAGGUUACUUAUUCUGUGGAAGACGCCGACAGCCUGAACUCUUCCGAACCAGUCACGAUCAACGUCUCGCUCGAUAGAGAGAUGGAUGAAGAGAAUCCUGAUGACCAAGUGGCGGACGCACCUCAUUACCCCCAUAAGAAGAUGGUCAGCUGGUGGCUUGUCGUCGGUGAUGCGAGCUCGAAACAGCUGUAUGCUAUCAAAAAGGUGACGGUCAAGGCCAAGUUGGAGACCAAGCUGGAUUUCAACUUGAGUCAAGGUCAACACAAGUUGAAGCUGUACUUGAUCUGCGAUUCGUAUUCGGGCGCUGAUCAAGACUUUGACCUGGAACCGCUCAAGGUCGUUGAGGGAGAGAGUUCAGACGAAGAGGAUUCUGAUGAGGAAAUGGAUCAAGAUUAG